AUGGUAAUGGGAAGACUAGGAACCAAUUGGCAUGAUGACCUUAAUGACGACCAGCAGCAUCAGGCUCGGAAGCUGAGAGCUAAUGAGAUCACGGACAUGUUCGAGGAGCUGGAACCUAGCCUUGAGGAGGCUAAAGCCGCGUUUAAUGUGUUUGAUGGAAAUGAUGAUGGGUUCAUUGAUGCCAAGGAGUUGAGGACAGUGCUUUCCAGGCUUUGGUGCUGCCACAGUCAUGCUUCGGAAGCAAACUGCAAAGAGAUGAUCACAUCAUAUGAUGAGAAUGGAGAUGGGUUGGUGGAUUUCAACGAGUUUUUGAAGCUUUUGGGGAACAGCUUUGAGAAACAAAAUGUAAAGCCGCUCUGA